AUGAACUCGAUUCUGUCCACCUUCACGCCCGAUGCUUCGGGAACUCCACCCAAGCAGGUGGAAUACAUCCCAUGGCUUACGCUUAACGAUGGCAACAUGAUCCCAAUGCUCGCAUAUGGCUUGGGUACUGCCAACUACAAGUCUGGCGGCGCCAGCUUUGAUGAGAGGAUCGUUGACAACACCGUCAUGGCGAUCAAGGCCGGAUACCGUCAUCUGGAUGGCGCCGAAGUAUAUGGCAAUGAGGAAGAGCUUGGCGCAGCCAUCAAGAAGGGCGGCGUGCCAAGGGAGAAGCUCUACGUCACCGCCAAAAUCAGCGGGACCAAGAAGCAGGAUACCGAAGAAGCUUUCGCAACCACAUUGAAGAAGCUCGAUCUCGAAUACGUUGAUCUCUAUCUCAUCCACGCGCCCUUCUUCGCCGACUCCGACGAGGAGCUCCAGCAAAAGUGGGCUGAUUUGGAGGCUAUCCAGGCCAGCGGCCGAGCGAAGAGCAUUGGGCUCUCCAACUUCCUUCAGCCGCAAAUCGAAGCCAUCUUGAAGACGGCCAAGGUCCCUCCCGCCAUCAACCAGAUCGAGUUUCACCCUCAUCUGCAGCACGGCGACCUGCUGGACUUCCACCGCAAGAACAAGAUUGCCGUUUCCGCCUACGCUCCCUUGACCCCCAUCACCUCGGACGUCGACUCCCCCGUCAGAACUAUCUGGGCCAACCUGUCUAAGAAGUACGGCGUGAGCGACUCUGUUGUCGGACUCCGAUGGUGCAUUGAUCAAGGUCUGAUUGUCAUCACCACCUCUUCUAAAGAGGAAAGACUGGCGAGUUACCUUAAUCACAUCCCGGCCAUCAAGCUUACCCCUCGGGAGGUGAGUGAGAUUGCCGAGGCUGGUAAAACCAAGCAUGUUCGUGGGUUCUGGAAGAACAAGUUCGACGCUGAUGAUACCCGAUGA